CUGGGCAUAUUUUUGGACACCCCCCACCCCUUUUCCUCAAUUGGUACUUUCCAAGUGACGCAUACAUAACGCGACAUGGCGGCGUAGUAUCCCCGGUCUGUCUUCUACGCGGUCGCAAUUUUCAUUUUUAUCAUGAGGGAAUUUAAUAAAUCACUUCCCAGGAUGUUUAUCUGCUCUUUUCCCGACUGCACGGCAGCGUACGAUAAAGAGUGGAAGCUUGAGGCGCAUCUGUGUAAACAUACCGGAGUGAGGCCGUUCGGGUGCGAGUACGCCGGAUGCAGCAAAUCGUUCUGCAGUAAAUCUCAUCUCGCUCGUCAUGAGCUCACGCACACCGGAGAGAAACCCUUCAGCUGCGGGGAGGACGGAUGCACGCAGAGUUUCACCACAAACUUUAACUUGAAGAAACACAUUUCACGCAAGCACAAGCAGGAAGCCAAGAUGUACACCUGUGUGUUUGAGGGGUGUGGCAAAAGCUUCAAGAAGAACAACCUGCUGAAGAUUCACGAAAGCACACACACACUCCAGCUCCCGUACGAAUGCACGUACGAGGGCUGCGACAGACGCUUUGCGAAUCCCAGCAAAAGAAAACGUCAUGAGAAGGUGCAUAAGGGUUACCCGUGUCCGGCUGAGGAUUGCUCAUUCGUUGCGAAGACCUGGACUGAACUUACCAAGCACAGGAAAGAGCAUAAAGUGAGAGUGCAGUGUGAUGAGUGUAAGAAGACGUUCAGGGAUCAGUGGUUCCUGAAGCAGCACCAGCGCGUUCACGCUGAAGUUCGGCUCGUGUUUCUGUGUCCGAGAGACGGAUGCAAGCGUUCCUACACCACCGCCUUCAACCUGCAGAGCCACAUCCUGUCCUUCCACGAGCAGCAGCGAGCGUUCAGCUGCCCCGAGCCCGGCUGCACCAAAGCUUUCUCCAUGAAGCUAAGUUUACAGCGUCACUCUGUGGUUCACGACCCCGAGAGAAAGAAACAGAAGAAACCCCGUCCGACACGAUCACUGGCGUCUCAUCUGAGCGGCUACAAAACGUCAAAAAAACGCCGGAAAACCCCGGACCUCGACGACUCUCCUAACUCUGUGACCAGCCAAUCAGAAACGUCCAAAUCAGACAGCAAUCGGGCCGUUAUCUCGUCAGAAGCCGUCAAGGAUGACGUAACCUGGCCAUGUCCGAUGGUGCUGGAAUCGUCCGAUCAGAGCCAGUGA